ACAAACUGUUAACACACAAUCAAUUUCGAGCGAGAGGACGAUUUAAUCACCGGAAGGAAGAAAGGAAGUAGAGUGAUGAAGCGCGGGGAAACAUUGCAAAGCUUUUUUUCUAUGAAUAUACAUCAUCGGUGAUCCGAUGAUAAUCAGGGAUGAUAAUUAUAUGCACACUGCAAUACAUCAUGUCUAUGUACCCAUUCGAGUACCAAUUCGUGUACUUCGGGCAGGUAUACAUACGACAAUCAUGCACACAUGCAAUUACCCUACCAACAGCAACAGCAAUCACCGGUAGCCAAGGGCGAAGUUGAAUACACCGAAACUUGAAGCCUUACAAAGAACAGAUAGUAGGAGAGAGUUGGUCAUCCCGGAGGUCGCGUACCGUACACUUAAAAUGUAUUUUAUCGUCACAGUGGUCACCGGGAGUACGAGGUUGAUUCGGGAUGUUGAAAUAGAUCGUUUGACUCGUAACAGGGAAUUUCCACUCAAUUAUCCGUGACUUCAAUCCUGGAACCAUCGCAUGGACAUUUUCAUUUUUUAUUUUUUGCACCCGAUAACUAUCGAUUUUGGUACAAUCACUUGUACGACACCAUCGGGUGAAGAUGGUAACUGUAUCAGUAUAAGACAGUGUAAACCAUUGCUGAAUCUUCUGCUCUCGCAAGGAAAUGCAGCUGGUAAUUUCUUGCGAAGCUCGGUUUGUGGCUACGAUGGAUUUGAUCCAAGAGUUUGCUGUCCACGAGAUUCCGGGGACGAAUCCGAUAAAGAAAACGAGCUUACCACUCAAAGGCAAACUGCGGCCUACGGUCCACUAUACCCGGAGCAAUGUGGAUACAGUAAUACCACACAUACCAGAGUUGUGAAUGGACUUCCAGCAAAAUUGGGUGCGUGGCCAUGGAUAGUAGCACUUGGAUACAAAUCUGCAAGAGUCGGAAAUCCUCCGAAAUGGUUGUGUGGCGGAACUUUAGUGUCAUCUCGUCAUAUAGUAACAGCUGGCCAUUGCGUCUUUAAUCGCAAAGAUCUGUACAUCGCGCGGCUUGGCGAUUUGGAUCUUAUAAGUGAUGACGAUGGUGCCAAUCCUGUUGACAUACCGAUAGAGAAAAUCACCCUUCAUCCAGCUUAUGAUUCAGCUCGCUACACGAAUGAUAUUGCUGUUAUCAGAUUGGAACGAGACGUGGCAUUCACUCCAACUCUUCAUCCAAUUUGCUUGCCGCUUACAGAUGACAUCCGACUGAAGGAUUUCACUAGACUAUUUCCUUUCAUUGCUGGAUGGGGAGCAGUCUAUUUCAACGGUCCUUCAAGUCCUCGCCUUUUGGAGCUCCAAAUACCCGUUGUAGAAAUGGAAACAUGUAAGCGGGCUUUUGAAGAAUUUAAAAUGACAGAAAUAGAUGACCGAGUGAUUUGUGCCGGAUUUGCUCGUGGCGGAAAGGACGCGUGCCAAGGAGAUAGCGGGGGCCCGCUGAUGUAUCCCCGUGGUAGAAACUACUUUUUAAUUGGCGUUGUUUCAUAUGGAUAUAAAUGUGCAGAACCUGGAUUCCCAGGUGUUUACACUCGAGUAACGUCAUUUUUGGAUUUCAUUCAGUCUAACUUGGUGUAACAAGUGAAUCAAACUAAAUAUGUAAAAUGAAGUGACUUUGCACUGCGAAAACUUUGUAAUUCUGGUUUAGCCAUGGAUACGUGUGUAUGUUUAACUCAGUGAAAGCAUAGAUUAGGUUUGUUCAUUGAAAAGAAAUUCAAAAUCUUUAUUUCUAUGAAACAUUGAAUAAUUGAUGACUCAAAAAAUAAUAGGCUGCAUUGAUCAAAUUACCACGUAAUUUUGAGAAUGGCUUUCAUAAGAAUUAUUUUAUUAAAACUGAGAGCUACCAUUGACACAUUUCAUAAAAAUAUCCAAGAUGUAGAUUGGAGUAGCCAUAGUAUGACUCACCACCCAACUUAUUAUCGAACGAGUUGGGCUUCAAAAUAUAUGGACAGCCUUUGAGUCAAUCAUUACCAAGUAAUUUUUUUUUUACAGCUUUAAACAAUUAUUUCAUUUGACAGUGCGGUACUAAGGUCAACGCCACAACUGAUCGUUUAUCUCUAUAAAAUUAGAUUAAAAAAUUAUGGAUCA